AUGGAAGAUGGUGAUUUCGAUCAAAGAUUACGAGAUCUACAAAGAGAAUAUUUGGAGUUUCUUGACGAUGAGGAAGACCAAGGUAUAUACAUGAGCCGAGUGAAACAAAUGAUAAGCGAAAAAGGAAAACGUCUUAUUGUUAAUAUAAAUGACUUGAGACGAAAAAAUCCUGAACGUGCCAAGACUCUGUUGGACAAUGCUUUUGAGGAACAAAUAGCUUUUCAGCGAGCCUUAAAGGAAUAUGUUUCAUCUAUAGAUCCCACAUUUGCUAAAGAGCAGGAAGAAUUCUUUGUAGCUUUCUCCGGGAGUUUUGGAACAAAGCAUGUUACUCCAAGGAGCCUAACCUCAAGAUAUUUAGGUAACCUAAUAUGUGUAGAAGGGAUAGUAACCAGGGUGUCUUUAGUGCGUCCAAAAGUGGUCCGCAGUGUGCAUUAUUGCCCGGCCACAAAGAAGGUUAUGGAGAGAAAGUAUACUGAUCUAACUUCUUUUGAGGCAUUUCCUACUACUGCUGUUUAUCCCACUAAGGAUGAUGAAGGUAAUCCUUUAGAAACAGAAUAUGGUCUAUCCAGAUACAAAGACCACCAAACCCUCACAGUACAAGAAAUGCCAGAGAAGGCACCUGCUGGUCAGUUACCAAGGAGUGUAGAUAUUAUCUGUGAUGAUGACCUAGUGGAUAAGUGUAAGCCAGGGGAUCGUGUUCAAAUUGUAGGCAAUUAUAGAUGUCUACCAUCUAAACAAGGAAGUUUUACUGCUGGUACUUUUAGAACAAUCCUCAUAGCCAAUAAUAUAACACAAAUAAACAAAGACAUGAACCUCAAUGUAUCGUUAAAAGAUGUUAAGCUAUGCAAGCAUUUAGUGAAGAGUACAUCUGAUGUAUUUGAGCUUCUCAGCAAGUCACUAGCGCCAUCUAUACAUGGGCAUGACUAUAUCAAGAAAGCAAUACUGUGUCAGCUACUUGGUGGUAUGGAGAAGAUUCUGCCCAAUGGCACAAGACUAAGGGGUGACAUCAACGUUCUUCUCAUCGGUGACCCAUCAGUAGCUAAGUCCCAACUACUCAGAUAUGUGCUAAUGACAGCUCCCCGAGCAAUUACUACAACAGGUAGAGGCUCAUCAGGAGUUGGUCUCACUGCUGCUGUUACUACUGAUCCAGAAACUGGAGAUAGAAGACUAGAAGCCGGCGCUAUGGUGUUAGCCGACAGGGGUAUAGUUUGUAUCGACGAGUUUGAUAAGAUGUCGGAUAUAGACAGAACGGCUAUACACGAAGUUAUGGAACAGGGUAGAGUGACGAUAGCAAAGGCUGGCGUGCACGCUGCUUUGAAUGCACGGUGCUCUGUAUUGGCUGCUGCUAAUCCUGUGUAUGGACGAUAUGACCAAUACAAGACCCCAAUGGAGAAUAUAGGACUGCAAGACUCCCUGCUGUCUCGUUUCGACUUGCUGUUUGUGAUGCUGGACAUCGCUGAUGCAGAACAUGACAAUAUGAUAUCUGAACAUGUGCUGAGAAUGCAUCGCUAUAGAAAUCCAAAAGAGCAAGACGGCGAAGUGCUUCCCAUGGGCUCAACUGUAGAAAUGUUGUCCACUGAUAAUCCUGAUAAUGAUGAUAAUGAGGCAAAUGACGAUGCGAUUUACGAGAAGUACGACCCACUAUUACACGGGCGGACUCGCAAUAAGAAGGACCAAAUCUUCACCACCAAGUUCAUGAGGAAGUUCAUCCAUAUCGCCAAGCUGAUCAAGCCGAAACUUACCCAGGAGGCGUCCGAUGCGAUCGCUGAUGAGUACGCCAAGCUGAGGAACCAGGAUAUGAUGGAGAGCGAUGUGGCCAGGACCCAACCUGUGACAGCCAGAACCCUUGAAACGCUGAUCCGUCUCGCGACUGCCCACGCUAAGUGUCGGCUCAGCUCGCAAAUUUCCGAACAGGACGCCCUCACCGCCAUAGAGUUAGUUCACUACGCUUACUUUAAGAGGGUGCUGACAAAAGAGAAGCGACGUAAGCGACGCGCCUCCACCGGUGAUGAAGCGAGUGACACGGAACAGGCCUCGCAGCCCAGGCCCAAGAGGACCAGGCGAACGCAGGACGGUGAAAACGCUGACCCAUAUACGUUCUCGUCCGAUGAAGAGGCGGAACCAGUGUUGCGGGCUGCGAGACGAUCCCAACCGGAUCCACCGCCUCAGACUUCUGUCCCUGCUAAAACUACUAUCGACAAUAAGAGAUUAACUCAAUUCAAAUCGGCCCUACAACAGUUGUUCCGCGACGAGAGGGCCAAUUCUCUCCCACUCGACAGAAUAACUCAAUACGUGAACGAGAAGUAUUCCCAUGCGACAUUCGACUCGGGCGAAAUAACCGCCGCCUUGCAUCGCAUGACCCAAGACAACCAGGUCAUGAUGGCGGACGAUAUCGUGUUCUUGAUUUAG